AUGGCAGCUGCUGCUUUUGCCCGGCAACUCCUGGACUAUCUUAAGCAAAUGCACGACCAGGGCAUACUGGACCAUAACUACGACCGGCUGAGAUCCAUGCAAAAUGAAGAGAAUCCUCAGUUUGUUGAUGAAGUGCUCUCAAUGUUCCACCGAGAUGCUCCUGAAUACAUUUCCCGAAUCACUGAUUUACUCAGGCCAGUUGAUGUGAACUAUGUUAAGGUCAAGGACGCUGCUCACCAGCUCAAAGGCUGUGGCUCUAUCGUUGGUGGUCAGCGGUUGACUAUCGAUUGUUACCAGCUUCAAAAUGCCUGCAUUGAGAGAAACAAGCACAGAUGCCUUGACAUGUUCGAAAGGGUGAAAACAGAAUUCAAUCUGUUGGAAGGACUGACUAACAUAAUUCAGAUGGAGAAAGACAUUGCCUUUCAUGCGACAAGACGGUGCCGUACUCGUCGUCAACCUUAG